AUGAUUAUCCCUGUUUAAGAAGCAUAGUUUCGAUCAAUAUAAAAGAAAGCUCGUAAUUAUUCUUAUGUUUGCUCAUUGAAUAUCAUUAUGAUUAUCACUUGGAUAAUUCAACUUCUUUAAAAUAAUAUGAUUACUUUUAAUCCAUAAUUGUAAUUUAAUACAUUUGAGUAUAAAUUCUUAGAAGAAAACUCUAUCAAAGAAUCUGAAUGGUGUUUUUCAUUUUCAUUUAAUAAAGAUUCAACGAUUCUAGCUGCUGGAUGCUAAUCAUAUAUUAAGAUGUAUGAUUUUAAUAAUGGGAAGGCUUAAUUAAAUUAAAUAUUAAAUAAUACCAGUUUUGCAAGGACAUUAUAUUUCAUGAAGAAAUCAAAUAGUUUUAUUACAGGAUUUGAUAAUUCUACUAUUUCAAUUUGGCAUUUAAAUUAAGAUAAUUAAUGGGUUGUUUAAUAAUAGCUUUUAAAACAUUCUAAAGCUAUUAAACAUGUAGUAAUGAAUAAAAAUGAAGAUCUUAUCAUUUCAUGUAGUGAUGACAAAUCCAUUAAUUUUUGGGUCAAAUAAAAUGAAUGGAUACUCUAAUAAAGUAUUACUAAUCACAAUUCAAGCGUUUUAAGUGUAAGUAUUAACGAAUCCUAAGAUAAGAUAAUUUCUUGUUCCGAAGACAAAUCUAUUUUAGUAAUGGAAUUUUCAACAAACAUUAAGAAAUGGAUUAUAAUAUAAAUUAUCUCUUUUCCUGAACAUGGAAGAAGAUUAAGUUUUAUAGGAGAUGAUUAAUUUNUAAAUGUAUGGGAGUUAUAACUAAUUUUUGAAAAAUAAACAUAAUAUUUCUUUAGACUUUUAAUAUUUUAUUUUAUUCCCUAAUUCCAUUUGGAUUUAGAUUUUAUACUUAUAUUCCUCCUUGAGCAUCACAAACGUUUAUUUUUGUUAUCUAAUCUCUAUAUAAAUAAAAAAUAUAAAUUUAUUUUAGAUACCAUAUGUUCUUAGGAUAUUUAAAAUUAAAUUUUGAAUCUAAUUCUUGAAAAUAUUUCUUUUGGAAUGUUUAUAGAUAUUUAUGAUUUCAUUUAAGUUAUGAUAAAAUUUUGCUGA